CUUAAUUAAUAGUCUUUCCAUUUUCCAUUUUAAACUGUUGUUAUAAGUUGUGACUUCACGGAGUGAAUUUCUGAAGGGAAGGAUGAUUUGCAAAUGUUUUAUUUCAAGGAUUACGUAAUGACUCUCGCUACUUAUGCGUACAAAUUUAUCACCAAACGUUUUUCAACCCUUUUCGUGGUACUAACUGUUGGAGCGAUUGCAACAGACUUGGUCGUUGAUAAAGGUGGCGAUUAUCUCUUCAGUCAGUACAACAAAGGGAAGUUAUGGAAAGACAUCAAGGAUAAGUAUGUUGAUGACUUGGCUUUUACGGGAUGACGUUCAUCUUUUUUCCAGAUACUGACGAAUUCCCAUAGACUCUGAAGUAGUAAUUGGUCGUAUCAGUAAUAUAUCUCUGUGCUCAGUAAUUACUAUUAUUUUUAGCUUCUACUUCGUUUUGUAUAGAAAUGUAUUCCAUAAAAAAAUUUAGCAAGUAUAUAUCACAUGACAACAAGAUUUCAUCUUGAGACGAAUAGGCUAUAGUCGUAAAAUAAGGCUUCUCUUUUCAAGAAAAAUUGAGGGAUUAUUUAUUGCUGGGAACAAACGAAAAAAC